AUGGCAUCAGGUGGCUUGAUCCUUCUCCUGGCCGGAGUCGCUGCUGUUGGUUUCCUUUGGCUCUACAGGCCCGCACGUGCCCUUUCAGCGACGAUACCAUCAGCGACAUACCUGGAACAGAACCGCGGUGUCCAGCUGCGCCAGGUAAACUUAUGUGCCGACAAUGACGGCGAGACGGGUAAAAGCAUCGACAUCAUUGCCAUCCACGGCCUCGAUACGAAGUCGCCAGAGACCUGGGAAUACAGGACACCAGACGGGCAAAAGGUAAACUGGCUGCAAGACAGACACAUGCUACCUGCGGAGGUCUCCAAUGCGCGCAUCUUUACCUGCAACUGGCCGGCCGAAUUGUUGGAAACGUUGGACUCAGACCAGGACACACUCGAAGAACUUGCUCUACUUCUACUCGCUGGUGUCCAAGGACGUCCUCCUGCAACAAACGACCGACCGAUUCUCUUCAUUGCGUCGUGCCUCGGGGGCAUCAUCCUGACGAAGGCUCUCGUUACGGCCAAGAGCGAGUACCUUCCUGUUCGCAAUGCUACUCGCGGAAUCAUCUUUCUUGCGACGCCAUUCCGAGGCACAUCGUUCGAAGACGUAGCCAGAUGGGCGGAGCCAGGCCUAAGGGCAUGGGCAUCGAUCCAAGGUCGCCAAGUGACCAGACUACUUGACUGGGUGAAGUCGCCGGCAUUCGACCUCAUCCGUCUCGUCGGCGAGUUCACUCAACUCUGUGAUAACGGGAACGGCAAAGGCUACAAGGUUCUUACGUUUUACGAGACGCAGUACACGAACCUCCCUGCCAAGAUACCUUUCCUGUCAUUCUUGUUUUCUCCUUCCAAGAAACAGCUAGUAGAUAAAAGUUCUGCUGUAUUAGACUGUGUCCCGAAUCCACUCCGACUAAACCGAACACAUGUCCUAAUGAACAAGUUCCGUGGACCCAAAGACUCGGAUCCGGACUACAAGUUAGUGGUGGACCAGAUUCGGCACUGUCUUGAAGAGAUCAGGAAAGGAACACCGCUCGAGAGAGCAGACGCCUGGAUACGCGAGAAACACUACACCCAGGAGAGGCUCAAGAUUGAGCGGCUUUCGGGGGAUCUUUUGUCGAUGGAUCAAUGUUACAUCAACCUUGCCCUUGUGGAGACGCAACGAGCGGACAGGUCAAAGGACACACCCGAGGAACGAGCGUUACGUCCUUCGCCAUUCUCCCUCUCUGAUCGACUGAAGAUCAAGACGCCGCAUGAGAAUAUCCAGGUCAAGCUAGAAGCCCUCUUUGACCUGCGGAAGAUGCCUGACGGCCACAUCAAACCGCCACGGAGGAUACUGAUUCGAGGACGCGCAGGAAUAGGGAAGACUACCUUGUGUAAGAAGAUCGUUUACGACUUUACACAUGGAACCUUGUGGCACGACAAGUUCGAUCGCUUGCUCUGGAUUCCGCUGCGAAAUCUGAAGCGCGAGGCACGCACUAACGUCCCUGGAUACAGCAUGGGUCAUCUUUUCCUCCAUGAAUAUUUCUCUAGCCCAGGAGCUACGGAUCUUAUCAACGCGUUAUGGAUAGAGACCCAUAGUGAGAAGACGCUGUUCAUCCUCGACGGCCUGGACGAAAUAUCGAGCGAUCUCAGGGACGACAUGUUCCAAUUCCUUAAAGAGCUACUCAACCAGCCCAACAUUAUCCUUACGUCGCGACCACAUGCAGUACUUCCCUCUGGCCUAAAGCCGCUAGAUCUCGAACUCGAGACGAUUGGAUUCUACCCGCAGCAAGUGGGAGAAUACAUCCGGGCAUGUUGUAAGAUGACUACAGCCAACGGAAUUGAAACAUUCCUCCAAGGUCGCCAACUCAUACGGGACCUCGUGCGAAUCCCCAUCCAGCUCGAUGCUCUUUGCUUCACUUGGGAUGGUCUCAAUGCCGGUCCGAGUUUGCAGACCAUGACCGAGUUCUACAUGGCCAUAGAAGAGAGGUUGUGGAAGAAAGACGUAGUGAAGCUUGGGAAGCUUCAUGAAGGCCAAAUACCCAACCUUCGUCCAAGGGAUGUCAUCGACCUCGUGGAUGAUGAGCUGAAAUUCUUGGAAGCACUGGCUUUUACCGGGAUGCAUACCGAAACAAUCGAAUUUGAGCCGAAACAUCGAGAUGCCGUAUUCAACCACUUCAUCAACAAGAGGAUACUCCUGCUUGACGCAACAGUCGCAGCACUUUCCUUCCUACGCACGUCAGACUCAUUGUCCCAGCCGAAAAAUCAGCAAUACCACUUUCUGCACCUAACAUUCCAAGAAUACUUCGCCGCACGGUAUUUUGUACGACACUGGAAUACCAACAAGCCAUUGAAAUGUCUCAUGUUCAGCCAAGACAGCGUAAAAGACAUCCUACCUGUUUGGUUCCUCCAGGAGCACAAAUACAACUCACAUUACAACAUCAUGUGGCGUUUUGUUGUGGGGCUGCUGGAUGAGGGAAAGAAGGCGGCUCGCUUCUUUGAGGAGAUUGAGAAGGAACCGGUCGACCUUCUAGGACCUACGCACCAGCGGCUAGUCAUGCAUUGCUUAAGCGAGGCUGUUUCCUUGCCAAACGAGUUUCGAAGGAAUAGAGAAAACCGGCUGACGGAAUGGGUAUUGUUCGAAAGCGACUUCACAGGAUCAUCAACCUUCGCAAGAGAAUCAGAGCUUCCAGAAAGAGUUCUUCAAGAUGUCCUGGCUGCUUCUCGAAACAAAAGACCUAUUUUGGAUGGCCUGGCAUACUCUGGGAAAUAUCUAUCUGAGACAAACGUGGCUUCUCUUUUGGAAUUCCUGAAGGACAAGGACUGGAAUAUACCAGUCUCUGCCGCUGCAGCUCUAGGUAAGCAAUCGACGUUGUCAGACACGACUUUCACUGUUCUUGUGGGACUCUUGAAAGAUAAAGACAAUGGCGUCCGAAAUUAUGCCGCUUCUGCUCUUGGCAACCAGUCGACGCUGUCAGAGACAACUAGCACUGCCAUUACAACCAUCACUGCUCUUUUGGAACUCUUGAAAGACAGUGACAAUGGUGUACGACGUUCCGUUGCUUUUGUUCUAGGCAAGCAAUCGACGUUGUCGGACACGACUUUUACUGCCCUUAUGGAACUCUUGAAAGACAAGGACAAUGACGUCCGAGGUUAUGCCGCUUCUGCUCUAGGCAACCAGUCGACGUUGUCAGAGACAACUAUAAUUGUCCUUGUUAAACUCUUGAAUGACGAUGACAGCUAUAUACGACGUUCCGCCGCUGAAGCUCUAGGUAACCACUCGACAUUGUCAGAGACAACCACAACUGCCCUCAUAGAACUCUUGGACGACGAGGACAGUUACGUACAAGGUUCUGCUGCUUCUGCUCUAGGCAGCCAGUCAACCCUGUCAGAGACAACCACAACUGCCCUUGUAGAACUAUUUAAGCAUAAGAACAGCUAUACACGGCUCUCUGCCGCUUCUGCUCUAGGCCACCAGUCAACGCUGUCAGAGACAAUCACGACUGCCCUUGUAGAACUCUUGGACGAUAAGGACAAGUACGUACGACGUUCCGCUGCUUCUGCUCUAAGUAAUCAGUCGACACUGUCAGAGACAACCACGACUGCCCUUGUGGGACUCUUCAAGCACAAGGACAGCUACGCACGAUCUUCUGCUGCUUCUGCUCUAGGCAUGCAGUUGGUGCUGUCAGAGACAACCAUCACUGCUCUUUUGGAGCUCUUCAACGACGAAAACAGUGACGUACGACGUUCUGCCGUUGAAGCUCUAGGAACCCGGUUGACGUUGUCAGAGAAGACCGCAACUGCCCUCAAUGAACUCUUGGAUGACGAGGACAGUGACGUACGAGGUUCUGCCGCUUUUGCUCUAGGCAACCAGUUGAUGUCAGAGACAACCAUGAUUGCCCUUGCGGAGCUCUUGGACGACGAAGACAGCUACGUACGACGUUCCGCCGCUGAAGCUCUAGGUAACCACUCGACGUUGUCAGAGACAACCACAACUGCCCUCAUAGAACUCUUGGACGACGAAGACAGUGACGUACGAGGUUAUGCCGCUUCUGCUCUAGGCAACCAGUCGACGUUGUUAGAGACGACCACGACUGCCCUUGUGGAACUCUUGGACGACGAGGACAUUGAGGUACGACGUUCCGCCACUGAAGCCCUAGGUAACCACUCGAUGCUGUCAGAGACGACCACGACUGCCCUUGUGGGACUCCUCAGGCACAAGGACAGCUACGCACGAUCUUCUGCUGCUUCUGCUCUAGGCAUGCAGUUGAUGCUGUCCGAGACAACCAUCACUGCUCUUUUGGAGCUCUUCAACAACGAAAACAGUGACGCAAAAUCUUCAGCUAUUGAAGCUCUAGGCACCCAAUCCAAUCUAAUGUGCAGAGUCCUGGAAGCCUUAGGCCUGCUCAUCCGGUCUGAAUCACAAGCUUGUUUUCAGGCUUCUGUCUUUCAUCAUUCCCGACACAUUGAGUUUCUUUAUGGGAGUCUUCUGAGACAGAGCUUUGAGAAACCGUUCAGCUUAUAUAGUGUAGAUAACCAGUGUACUAUCAACGAACCGUCUGGACUCCGAACAGCCACUCUCGAAAACGGAGAACUGUUACAAGACGCAGUGUCGAAUGGACGGCACGGCCUGAGGAAUAUCUCUAGCUACAAGCUUUGGGGUCCUUUCGAGGAAGACGAGCCUCAAUCUUCUGCGGCUUCUACCUUAGAAAACCAGUCGAAGAGGUGA